UCAGAAAACUCUUCCUUCACCAAACUCACGCAUUUAGACUUUUUAAGGGAAUCUUUACGAUUUUUUGACAUGUCGGACAAAUACGCAUUUUCCUUGACUACCUUUUCCCCUAACGGUAAACUGGUUCAGAUUGAAUAUGCAUUGAAUGCUGUAAAUGCUGGUGUCACGUCAGUUGGUAUCAAAGCUACAAAUGGAGUUGUUUUAGCUACAGAAAAGAAACCUACUACGGAUUUGGCUAUUGGAAGUUCUUUAGAGAAAGUUUGUAAAAUCACUCCCGAUAUUGGAAUGGUUUACAGUGGAAUGGGUCCUGAUUUCCGUGUUCUUGUAGACAAAUCUAGAAAGGUCGCCCAAACUGCUUACAAAAAUGUCUUUAACGCAUACCCACCCACGAAAAUCCUUGUCCAAGAAAUUGCUUCUGUGAUGCAAGAGUCAACUCAAUCUGGUGGUGUUCGUCCCUUUGGUGUCAGUCUUUUAGUUGCCGGAAUGGACGAAAACGGCCCUGCUUUGUACCAAGUUGAUCCCUCUGGCACUUACUUUGCUUGGAAAGCUACGGCCAUUGGCAAGUCUUCUACAGCUGCUAAGACCUUUUUAGAGAAACGCUACAACAAUGAGAUUGAAUUGGAUGAUGCUGUCCAUACUGCUAUUCUUGCCUUGAAAGAAACGUUUGAAGGCGAGUUAAAUGAAGACAGCAUUGAAAUAGCUAUCGCCGCCAACAGACCCACUGAAAGCGGUAUUGAGGGUGUCCCUGGUGGUCAUUUUUACAGAUUGACUGAAUCUGAAAUCCGUGAUUACCUCGAUCAAGUAUAAACGUGGUGUAUCCUCUUUGAAGCCUUUCCUUUGUUUGAUUCUUCUUAAUAAAAAAAUCUCUUACGCUUUCGCCGCUUGCAUUGACGCUAUUACCCUACAUUCUCCUUCUCCGUUUCCUGCUCUACACAUCCUUUCUAAUUGCACUAGUCAACCUGUAUAUGAAUUCAUGCCGGAUAAGGAUCCUAGUCCUUUCAACUUUGUUGUUGUUCUUCAUUUGUUUGAAGGCGUUUCGUGUUGGGACUCUUAUGUAGCAUCAUAUCUUUAUGCGUUUUAUUUUUCUUGAUGGGGUGGCUCAGGAAUGUUCGAGAUACGUUGCUUGCGUAGCUUUAUCUUGAGCUUUAUUUUCCAUGAUAUGAUAGAUUUACGAUUCCCUCUAUUCUCAAUUGAAAGCUUUGAUCUAUUAUAUAUUUGUUUAACAUACAUAAGCCCAU